UCAAAAGAAAUAAUGAAAAUACAAAGAUUUCUUUUAUCUAUCACUUUUAUAAAUGCCGAAAAAAUAUCAAAAUUUUUUGAAACCCACAUUUAUUAUGUACCUAGAAAAGUCAAAGUCCAAUUAAGAGAAACAUCGUUGGAAACAAAUUGUGCAAGCAAUAUGGCCACAAUUAAGAAUAGUUUAAUAAAACCUUUCAAUAAUUGUGUCAAGAAAACAACAUCACCAAGGGCUCCUAUAAUAGAAACCGGUUUACUUAAACCCUGUGAAAAUACUUCUUUAACAAACUUAGGACCACGUAAUAAUUUAUUUGAAAUGAGAAAUUCAUCAUUUCUGUUGUCAAGUUGUUGCAAAGAAGAGUUUUAUCUAGUGAAAAGAAUACAUCUCAUAUACAUAAUGUCGAAAUCUAAAAAAUGUCCACAUUACCCAACAUGCUCCAAAAAAAAUUUUCGUAGCAGCAAAAGCCACUGUGUUUCUAACAUCUUUGAACAAUCAUGUAAGGUGCAUAAUCAAUUAUUGAAAAAGUCUGCAAUGCCAUGCUGUGGACAUAUGGAUAGUUUCACAAAAAAAAAACGCUGUAUUGAAAAAGACUAUGAACAUAUGCUAAGACAAAUUUCCAAAUUGAUGCGUACAUGUAAAUCAGAAAAUUUCAAAGUACGGGAAACUUCAAAGCAUUGUUACCCAAAGUUACCAAAGAAACCUAAAUGUAAGAAAGAAAUUGUUCCACUCUGUGAAAACUGUAAGAAAAGUUUGAAGGUAAAGCCAAAAAAUAUUUGUAAGCCAAAAUGUAUGAACAACUUUGGUAAAAUACUAAAAAGUACAUAUAACCGGUGUUCUAAACAAGCUAAGACGAAAUUGAAGAAUCAUAAUGUGGGUAAAGUAAUAAAGGAUACAUAUGGUCAAUGCGCCCAAAAAGCUAAAAUGAAGCUCAAAACAAUACAUUUGGACCAAAUUAUAAAAAAAUUAUAUGGCCAAUGUUCGCAACAAGUUACAUCUAAACUUAAGACAAAAUUGAAACCUACAAAGCAAGAUUGCUAUAUGUUUAGUAUGCAUGUUUUCCCAAACCAGAAACUAGAGCGUGAACCUAAGAUGUGUCACUUCAAAGAAAAUGCCGUAUUUCAAUUUUGGUCUAUAAUGAAUCCAGAACAAUCGAAGAUUGUAAAUUGUGCAGCUAUAAGCAAGAGGGAUACAAAUAUUAAAAACAAUACUUCGAUAUUUGAAAUGCAGCAGAGAAAUUAUUUAAAAAGCAAGCUUUUGUUAAUAAAGAAGACGACGUCAGUAGUGUUUGUUGAUGUUAAUAAUUUUGCUGAAUAUGACAUUUGCCUCCAGGGGAUGUUUAAAAAUCCCAGUAAAGGUUCCCACAAGAGUCCGAAGAGUAUAUCUUUUGAUAUACCUGAGGAUAAUGGUUCUUCCCAUAGUUGUGUAGAGUCUUGGCAGCCACAACAUGCUUGUAUUGAAAAUUCCCAAGAUACGGAUGAACCUAAAUGUAUCUUAUGCGACAAUCAUGUUAACGAAAUAUCGAACGAAUGCAAAAGUAACCUUUGCAAUGCAAAAACUUCUCCCAUCAAGGUGAAACUUCCAUUCCCUAAAUGUAUAGAUUGUACAAGGGAUAACAAACAAUGUGAUAUGGGUCUAAAUACAUUGCCACAAAACAUUGAAGAAGCAUGUAGACCAAUUAUAAAUAGUAGAACACCAAGAAUUAUAAGACGGCAAAAAAUUACAUCCAGUUUUCCACCGGAUUGCAUAAUAGAAAUAAAUAACAGCGGAAAAGAUCUCAGGUCACUUGAAUUGCUAGAUUGCUUUCAGCAGUUGAAGAAAGACGGUCAGCAAGGGAGAAAUAAAAAAUGCCAACGACCCUUUUGGAUUAAAUUAUUCCAGAAGAUUACUAAGAAAAGCAAAACAUCCAAAAAAAAACUUUGCAAGACUUCCAAAGAACUUAAUAAAUCUUUUCUUAAAGAUGACAAUAAUAGUAAUAAGAUAUUAACGUUCAGUGACUUUAAAAAAAUGAAUGCACAACAACUGAUAGACAUAAUAUGUGAAUUGAAAAAAGCCACGUCUUGUGAUUCGCCCCGGAAAUUAAUAGAGGAGGAUGGAACAAGUUCCGAAAGCAAAUCAAGUAAUUCUUUUUUUGGAAAAGGUCCAAAAGUAGAACAAAAAUCCGUGGGUCUAGAAAUGUGGGAUACCAAUUCUUUUAAGGAACAUUUAAAAACUAAACGUAAAGUUUUUACAAGUAAUUAUUCACAAUGCGAGAAAGAUUUAAGUAAAUCUGUAAAAAAUAUUUAUUGGCGUUGUGCAACGAAGGAUGGUAAGAAAAAAAAGAAAAGAAACAAACUGACUAAAGUUAAAAAACCACAAAUAUUAAAGCAACAAAUAAUUAAAUGCCACGUAUCACAUCGAGGAAUGAGGUUUAGGGAUGUAGAUCAACAACCAGUAAACAUAAGAGAUAUCGAUUAUUGUGGUAAACACCUAACUACGGUACAUUCGAUUGAAUGUAUUCAGUCUUUAAAUGGUUACCAAGAAAAGAUUGAAAAGCCUUAUCGUCCCUUUUGGUUCAAAGAAUUUUCAAACAAAACUAAACCAAAGAAAAAUCAAGAAAGCCAAGCUUGCGAGGCGGAUAUAGAAGAACAAUGUGAACUUGUUCUCGAAGAACAUAACGUAGAAACAGAUGAACUAACGUUCAGUGUAUUUGAAAUAAGCACCGAAAAGCAAAUCAAACACGUAAUAUAUGACAUCGAAAACGUCCCGUCAUCUUACCAUUCUAGUUUAAGAAAAAUAGAAAGUACACAAACAUGUGCAGUACUAGAUACAAAUGAACCCUGUAAUAUUAUUUUGUCUGAAGACAUCGAACUAACGUUUAGUGAUUUUCAAACAAUGAACGAUAACCAGCUUAUGGAUAUAAUAUGCCAAUUACAAAACGCCAUGUUUUCUUCUGAAUCAAUAGCCCGAAAUCCACGUAGACAAUGUUUUGAGGUAAAUGUCAAACAGUGUGAUGAUAAUGGAUUAACAUCUGGAGAUUUUCAAAGUAUUAGCCUAAGACAACUGAAAGAUAUAAUAUCUGGAUUAGAAGCACUGAAUACCUCUGUUUGUGAUACGAGCAACAGUUCCACGAUGAAAAUCGAAACAAGCUCUACAAUCAAAUCAACCAGCUCUACUUGUAUUAUCGAUGGAGUACAAGAAUCUGUUUCGAGUGUUGUUUACUCGUCGUCUUCCUAUAGCUCAGAUAUAGAUAUUGUUCAGCCAGGGUUAAAUUUUUUAAUACGUCCUAAUACUGCUAAUGUUCACAAAUUCUUUCGAAUUUUUUGUAUUAAAUGAAACUGGUUUUAAAACUUAAUGCUUUUGAAUAAAGUAUGUUUAUCAAU